AAUGCUUUGAUCAAAACAAACAAUACCCAACAAAAACAACAACAAGAAGAUUGAGAUUCACCGGCAUAGACGAAGAGAUGGCUACUUAUGUUCUUCUCUCUUCAUCGGUGGCAUUCAUGGGAGUUAUCGUCUUCUCGUUGAUAACAUUGUCUCUCCUUCCUCAACCAGCACUUGCCACGGAUGCAAGUGUAACCAGGCACUACACAUUUAAUAUCCAAUUGCAAAAUGUGACGCGGCUGUGCCACACGAAGAGCAUGGUUACUGUGAAUGGGAAAUUUCCAGGGCCGCGCAUUGUGGCCAGGGAGGGCGAUAGGCUUUUGAUAAAAGUGGUUAACCAUGUUCAGAACAAUAUGUCAAUCCAUUGGCAUGGAAUUCGACAGCUUCAAACCGGGUGGGCUGAUGGGCCGGCAUACAUAACUCAGUGCCCCAUACAAACCGGCCAGAGCUACGUGUACAAUUUCACCAUUGUUGGCCAGAGAGGAACACUGUUUUGGCAUGCCCAUAUUUCGUGGCAAAGAGCGACUGUCUAUGGCCCUCUGAUUAUUCUUCCCAAGCGUAACGCCUCUUACCCAUUUGCCAAACCAUACAAGGAAGUUCCCGUCAUUUUCGGAGAAUGGUUCAAUGCCGAUCCUGAGGCAAUAAUUAACCAGGCCUUGCAAACAGGUGGUGGCCCAAAUGUCUCGGAUGCCUAUACGAUCAAUGGACUUCCAGGACCAUUGUAUAAUUGUUCUGCCAAAGAUACAUUCAAGCUGAAGGUGAAGCCUGGAAAAACAUACCUACUCCGCCUGAUCAACGCUGCACUCAAUGACGAACUUUUCUUUAGCAUUGCAAACCACACUCUCACCAUUGUUGAAGCCGAUGCCAUCUAUGUAAAACCAUUUGAGACCAACACGCUUCUCAUUACUCCCGGACAGACCACAAACGUCCUUCUCAAGGCCAAACCUUAUUUCCCGGGUGCCACAUUCUUGAUGACUGCCAGGCCAUAUGUGACCGGCCUUGGAACGUUUGACAACUCAACUGUUGCCGGUAUCCUGGAAUACCAAUCACCAUUUCUUCACUCAGCCUUGCCAAUUAAAAAGCUUCCACUCUUCAAACCGACUUUGCCUCCUCUAAAUGACACUUCAUUCGCCACUAAUUUCUCGAAGAAACUCCGUAGCUUAGCCAGUGCUCAAUACCCUGCCAAUGUCCCCCAAAAAGUCGACAAACGCUUUUUUUUCACAAUAAGCCUCGGAACAAGACCGUGUGACAAAAACCAAACCUGUCAAGGACCUAAUGGAACCAAGUUCUCAGCAUCUGUCAACAAUGUAUCUUUUGUACUACCAAAUACAGCUCUCCUCCAAGCUCAUUUCUUUGGCCAAUCAUUUGGUGUGUAUAACUCGGACUUUCCGUUCAACCCGAUCAAUUGGUAUAACUAUACCGGGAAUUCGCCGAACAAUACUAUGGUUGGGAAUGGGACCAAAGUUUUGGUACUGCCUUUUAACACUAGUGUGGAGUUGGUUAUGCAGGACACAAGCAUUCUUGGAGCAGAAAGCCACCCUCUUCAUCUCCACGGAUUCAAUUUCUUUGUUGUUGGACAAGGUUUCGGGAACUAUGACCCAAAUGAGGACCCGAAAAGCUUCAAUCUUGUUGACCCAAUUGAAAGGAACACGGUUGGUGUGCCCUCGGGUGGGUGGAUUGCGAUUCGGUUUCUAGCAGAUAACCCAGGUGUAUGGUUCAUGCAUUGUCACUUGGAAGUCCACACGAGUUGGGGAUUGAAGAUGGCUUGGCUUGUCUUAGAUGGAAAGCUUCCCAAUCAAAAGCUGCUUCCUCCACCGUCUGAUCUUCCCAAAUGUUAGAAUUUUCAUUUCAUCAUUAUCACUUGCGAUGAUCAGAUGGCCAGCAGAAUUUUUUUUUUUUUGGAAUUAAAUUUGAGAUUAUUUUGUUGAGAUAAUUGAAGGAAAGAAGAGUUGAGAAUUUCUUUUUUUGUAACACUCAAAUAUGGCUAUGCAAUGAUGCAACAAUAAUACGUUUGGAUUAUAUAUUGAGAUUUUUCAUUUUU